AUGUGCGCGGAGGAGUACGGCGAAGGUGAGGUGCUCACGGGGGCGGAGCUCUACCUCUACCUGCUGCACCAAAACGAAGAGCAGCUGCGGCGAGCGCAAGAGAAGCUGCGCGAGUACGCGACCCUCAAGGACACUCUUCACGUCCUGACAGAGCGCAGCCGCAGACGCGUGCUGGCCCCUGUUGCUGGUGGCCUCGCCUAUUAUCCUGCGGAGCUGAACGCGACGAACACUAUCUUGGUAUUGCUGGGCGAUGGCUGGUUCGCUGAGCGCAGUGCUGUUCAGGCAGCAGAAAUUGCUGGUCGGCGCAUUGACUUCUUGCGUCGGGAGACCGAAGUCCUGCAGCAGGAGCAGAAUGCUCUCAGGGCGAAGCAGGAGCUAUUUCUGUCGGAGCUGCCCGAGGCACAGGAUGCUGUGGCGGAGUUGCUGGCGAAGAAGGAAACUCGAGCGGCGGCUGCCCCGUCGUUGUCGCAGCCUUCGCCUUUGUCGGAGGCACCGCAGCAGCAAUCACAAGCUGCCGCCUCUUCCUCGGAGUCUGUCGCAUCGGCAAACGCCCCUGACCGCUUUGAGACACCCGAUGCGGUGUGUGCCCCUGCGUCUAAUCACCUCGCUUCAUUCGAAAGCUGCCUAACCCCACUCCCGUCGUCGACACCACCAACCUCGACAGCAUCACCCCUGACCUCUGGGUUGCCGCUGGACUACUCCAUCGACGUGGCGCUCACCACCUUCGAUGAGCUGGAUGAGCUCACAGAAGACGAGCUCAUCGCACUGGAGGCCGAGCUGGGCGACCACGUCAACGACGAUGACUACGUCGAGCGUAUCAUGACGGAGCGUAUGAUUGCCAAGAAGGAGAGGCGCAUCCGCACAGAGCUGCAGAGGCGAAGUAGCGCUGCUGCUGAGAUUGACGAAAGAUCAAAGGCAACAGAGGGCGCACCCGUGCCCACCUCACCCCCCACUUCGGCUCCGGCAGCGGCGCCUAUUGCCACAGCUGCUCUCCAGUUACAUGGCGCUGCGCAUGCCACUGUCACCAGCACCGCCGACAAUAGCCGAUUAUCGACUGGUAGAGGAGAGGCAAUAGUGUACCAAACCCCCGGCGACAUAGGGUGGACAAUGGUGCAAUCGCUGGCGAAGCCCAGCGCAGGAACUGGCACGCUUCCGACAGUGCAGUCGGCGGCCUCCUUAUCACCUAACGAGAUCAUCGAUGGGUGUGCACCGACGUCGUCGCCUUCGGCGACUGUUCUCACCUCUGCACGGCCCCUCGUUACGGCAACGCUGACCAAGGCAGAUGUCUCGCCUGAGGCCUCCUCUUCGGCCUCGGCCGCAGCGCCGUCUCCCCGGAAAGAGAAACACGUGCGAUUUGCUGCGGACGUGGGGUAUGUGGGCGGCUUGUCCAUGGCUGCUGCUGUGGCUGCGGUCAAACAGCCCCAAGUGACCACCUCCGGCGAGCUGGGCUCGUGCAAUGAGUUUAUUAGUUCUGAAACAGGUCCAGGAUACCCCCCGUCGCUGCUGCGGAGCACUUACACUAUCGGUGACAUUGUGGAGCGCAAACAAGGGACGGUGGGUUGUGAUGGUGGUGCUCUCGCUGGUGUUGCAGCGGGUAGUGACGUCGAAUCCGCCCUGCCACUCCCGCCGUUUCUUCCUGGUCAGCUGUGGAAGUCAAAGCGCAAAUCGCUCUUCAUGCGUGAGCUGGAGGGCGACGGAGCGUGA